UUCAUGCCAAGUCUCGGGACAGCUUAGCGGAAAUUGGAAUCUCGGAUUCUAGUUCCGGGUAACCCGCCUCCUCAUGCCGCAGCAAAUGCGUGAGACCCAGAGAGUGCCCCGAACAUGUAUACAGUGUGCUCGCAGAAAGGUCAAGUGCUCCAAGAAAAUUCCCUGCGAUGCAUGCAUCCGGCGGGGUGACUCUGCGGCUUGCAUGCGAGAGGUUGUCAAGGUCCAUGGCAAGGUGACCAUUGCCGUUGACGAAGAUGACUCGGACCAGAGUGAGGCAACCCUCAAUUCCAGGCUUGUGCAGGAGAACCUCAGCCUCAAGACCCGCAUCCGUCAGCUGGAAUCCGUCCUCCAACGACCAGAGCUCUUGAAACUCGAGACGGAACUCUUUCGACCAGCCCCCGCAGCAGACAUGUCCCACUCGUCGGAGAAGAUCUUGAAUGACUUCCAGAGACUGCCAUUUGGGCUUCUAGCUGAAUCUCCCAAUGAUAGUGCUGACACUCUUCGCCCACGCGACGAUCAUGUAUUGCUCAUUCUGCCCGCUCGGCGCUGGAGUGAGGUGAUUGUGCAAUUUUCGCUCAAGCAUCUGGGCUGGGUUCAUUGUGCUUUGGAUCCUACGGUCUUUGCCAAGGAGCAUGAUGCAUUUUGGGAUCAAUUGAUUGGUCUUGGGAAUUCGAGGAACCACGGCUGGAAUGCCGUGUAUUUGAGUGUCCUCACCGUAGGGGUAUAUUUCAUGAAUGAUGAUAUGAUCGAGGGCUUCCAAUUCUUUCACGAAAGCUAUCUCACCGGCCCAUCAGGGGAAGUCUCGCGAAGCCGAAUGACUACACAGCUGUGUCGCAUUUGGUGCGAAGCUGCUAUCAAGGAACUGGAACACGCCGACUACAUCAGUAAGCCCAGUAUCUCGACAGUGCAAGCGAUAGCAAUCCUGAAUAUAGUUCACAAGAACCUGGGACAGUCGAGUCGAGAGUAUAUCCUGCAUGGCUUGGCGGUGAACGUUGCACGAUUGAUCGGUAUAGAUCGUCUUGGAGAAGGCUGCGAGAUACCACCCUUGCUGCGAGACACCGAGACAAACACGCAUCCAAACGUCUAUCGACGACUAUGGUGGACUCUGGUCAUUAUCGAUUGGAUGACUGUCUGGUCCCGGCCAAUCUCAAUCCAUCCCGGCUCAUUCACUACGGCGCUAGAAAUCAGUGAGGGAUCUCGUACUCCAGAAUCCUCGAGCGAAGCCGAGCCAUCCUCCCCUUUUGAGUAUCACAAGGCCAUGGCUCAGCUAGCCGCCACCAUGCAGAACACUGUCAGGUCCAUCAAAGAAUGGAACAGCCGUACAGUGCAGGCGUCCUUGGAAGAGAUUGACGCCGUAGCGUCCUCCUUCCCACCUCACCUCUCCUAUUCUGGUCUGGACACCUCUAGGUCUACAGUAGAGGCUCCGUCCUGGAUGGAUGUACAGCGGUAUCUGGUGUGGAACCUUCUCGAUACCUGGCGGAUAAAUCUCAGCGUCGCUUUGAUCCCUCAGUUACUGGGCAAUCCCAAAGCAAACGAAGAUGCAGUGCACACAAGUGCCGUAUCCGCAGCCAAAAGCAUUCUGCACCGUCGAUACCACGACCCAACCCCUCACUUCCAGAAGUUCUGGGCUGUGACGUGCUCGGCAGUUUCAGCCGGUAUCUUUCUGUGUCUGGACCUGAUCUGCUUUGGACACCUGCGAUCACCAACCGAGGUCACCCAGGCCAAAGAAUUGAUACUGGUUAACAUUCAAAUGCUCGAGUCGUCAUACACGGAGACGCGACACGGUGCCCUGCUCGUCCUGCGGCGGUUGGCCUAUCUUCAUGAUAUUCUGUACCAUCGCCACGAGAUUGACCAGCGGGCCUUCGCCAAUAUCAUGAAGUUAAUGGCAUCGCCGCGUUUGUGGACAUCUGUUGCUGACACGGAAUCGACUUUGAGGUUUUUGUUUGCUGGCUCGGGCUCGAGCAGCAAGCCCUGGGAGGUGCAACAGUCCGAAAGCGAGAACACUACUCAUAGUGGUGAGGUAGCGCAGGAGGAUGCUGUGGACGAGUUCGGAAACUAUCCGACAGACUCGGCGCCGGUCCCAUAUUUCGAGGAACUGUUCGGGGCGUCGGAGCUAAUAGAUAUGUCGUUGCCGUGGAUCGACCCUGCUACGUUAAUGGCGUUCGCGAAUAAUGUCCCAUAG